AUGACAAACGAAGUGCAUCCUCAUGCAAAAAUGAAAAAUGCACUAGAUGCGCUGACCCACGGCAAAACCCACCUUCCAUCCAAAGAACACCACUUCUACCACCAAAAACACAGAUUUCUCAAUCAAAACCACCAUAUACCCACAAAUCAACAGAGAUUGUUUUUGGCCAAUCCCCUUCUACUCCCUCCAAAAUGCAGACCCACCCACAACCACAAGCCACAAACCACCGCAGACCCACCAACAACCGCAAGCCACAAACCACCAACAUGCAACAUCAACAACCCACAAACACCGCUGAGAACAACGCAUCCCAACCCUCCCGUCGGCGAUACACCAUCACACCCAACCCACCCGUCGAAACUGGCCCAAAGGACCAAGUCCAUAGAGUUUAGAAGCUAUCUACAAAUUCCAGCAAUAGCAAAGUGCAUAAUUGAAAAGAGACAACCCAAGUUAAAAAGCAAAUACCAGGAUCAUGUUGAAAAGGCGAUAGAGUACGCCAGGACAAUUGAAAGUUGGGAGGACCUUGUAGAUCCACGGACGCUUGCAUUCUAUUGCCUAGGCCUGGACCCAUCUCCCUACAUCUUGCACAACAUCAACAUUGAGGGAAAAAAGAAAAUGAUGACUAGGUUCAAUAAGGACAUGUAUGCUAAGAUGAGGUCCAAGAAGGAUGAGCCUUCGACAAAUAUUGGGAAGAAGGGGGUCUGCGUCACGGGGAAGGGUCCGUCCGUUUUCCCAACUACAGACGCCACUCCCAUCGUCUCCGGGGUUGAGAAUGUAAGGAUAGCUUCUCCGGCUACGUCGGUUGAAGAGAUCCCUACUCCUUCCUCGAAAAGGCAACGAGUGUCGGGUAAGGAGAAGGAAAAGGAAAGAGUUGGCUCUUGCCCACCUAUAGUCUGGGAUGACGAGGGUAUGGCCAUGGAGCGGACACAUGGCUGUGAAUGCUGAGGACCUCAAGGUCUUUUCCAGGGUGCCACUCAAUGUAGUUGUCAGUCAACACGAACACAGGAUCGUCCAGGUGUUGGGGGAGAAUCUCCACAUUGCUUCUGAAUGCCUUACCCAAAAGGCCAAGGUGGCGUCUCUGGCAUCCAGGAUGAAGGCUUUGGAGAAGGAGAACUCCACGCUAAAGAAGAAGCUUAUUAAUUCAAUGGACGAAGCUGCCACUUUGAAGGAAAACGUCAAGGUCUUGAAUGCUGAUCUUAGGGUUGAGCGUCAGCUAAACUUGGAGAAGGACGACCAGCUUCAGACGGCCAAAGAAAAGCUCAAAACCAUUGCUAACAGGUCUGCCAAGGCCUUCCAGUAAACUGAGGAGUAUGCCACAGUGCUCUUCAGUUGGUAUUUCAAGGGCUUCGAACUCCUGCAGAGGUACCUAGUCAAGCAUCCCACUGAAGUUGACCUGCCGAACCUGGAUCUCGAAGUGGUUGAUUAAGAGAUGACGAUGGACGAGGCUGCCCAGUCCUCGGCUCCUGAGGGUGAUGCCCCUGAGAAUACUCCUGGUGAUAACGCCCCUCCUGGUGAUGCCCCUGCCAUUGACGAUCCUUCUGGUGAUGCCCCUACUGAUGCCUGGACUUGACACUUAUGAAUUAUUAUUAUUAUUAUUUUUUUUUGUUGCGUGUGCCCAUUAUGUUUUGGGCUUUUUGUACAUCUGAUAGUAGUUUGUU